AUGAAGUACCGCAACCUCGGCGAGGAGGGGCCUCAUCGACUGCGCGUCUCCGAGGCCUGCCUGGGCACGAUGACCUGGGGCGAGCAGAACACGGAGGCCGAGGCCUUCGAGCAGCUCGACUACGCGCUGGCGCACGGCGUGAACUUCAUCGACACGGCCGAGCUCUACCCCGUGCCGCCGAACGCGCAGACCUACGGCGAGACCGAGCGCAUCAUCGGCCGCUGGCUCGCGGCGGACCCGAGCCGGCGCGAGCAGGUCGUCCUCGCGACGAAGGUCACGUCCUUCGGCCGCGACUACAUCCCCGCGCUGCGCGGCGUCGACCUCAACGGCGCGCCCGACGAGGAGCAGCCCGCGCGGCUCACGGCGGCGCAGAUGGCCCGCGCGCUCGACGCGUCGCUCGCGCGGCUGCAGACGGACUACGUCGAUCUGUACCAGCUGCACUGGCCCGAGCGCUACACGAACAUCUUCGCGCAGCGCGACUACAAGCGGGCCUUCGAGCGCGCGUCGACGUCCGUCGACGACCAGGUGCUCGGCGUCAAGGCCCUGCUCGACUCGGGCAAGGUCAGGGCCUGGGGCCUGAGCAACGAGAACGCCGUCGGCGUCGGCCUCUUCCUCGCCGCCUGCGCGCGCCACGGCGUGCCGCCGCCGGCGACGAUCCAGAACGACUUCUCGCUGCUCCACCGCAAGUUCGAGGAGGACGGCACGGCCGAGGCGUGCGCGCCCGUCCGCGCGGGCUUCGAGCCGGGCGUCGGAUUGCUGGCCUACGGCGUCCUCGCGGGCGGCGCGCUCAGCGGCAAGUACGUGAAGCGCGGCGACGGCACGCGCGCGGCGCCCGCGGACAGCCGCCACGUCGCGUUCCCCUUCUUCCAGCCGCGCUACGUCUCCGGCGCGAGCCUGGACGCGGCGGACGCCUACGCGGCGCUCGCGGCGAAGCGCGGCGUGACGCCGUCGCAGCUCGCGAUCCAGUGGGCGCGGUCCCGCGAGUACAUGGGCAGCGUCAUCAUCGGCGCGACGAAGAUGGCCCAGCUCGCGGAGGACAUCGCGGCCUUCGAGCUCGCG